UGUCUUACUUGGUAUUGCGUGUGCAGCGAUUUGUUUGUAUGGUUUUAAUUUGGAUAACAGCUGAGUUUUUCACUGGAGAGCGCCGAGGAUGAAAAUCUGAGAGAAGAAAUCUUGCUGUGCCUGAAAUCGGGAUCGGCCGUCAUGCGUGAAACUAGCAAGUUUUGCAGGAUGCGAAGAAUGGUUCACUUCGAGAACAGGAUUCUGCGAAAGUUCAACAGCGAAUUCACCAUCUGUGCGUCGUUCAGGGACGACAACCUGGACAAGCUGUCAUUCAUGCUGAAUCUGCACUCGUCUCAGGAUGCUCUGCUGAAUGCCAUUGUCAGAAGCUUUCUGCGUCGGGGAGUGCAUGUUGGCACCAGAGAAUUCAAAUUCCUGGCACCUUCCACAAGUUACCACGGGUACAAAGACAUGGAUGUACGUGGCCGACGAGCAGCAGAACAGUGCAGUGACGAUCCGCGAGUGCAUGGGACAGUUCGAGCGCAUCCACAACAUGGCCAAACGCUUGGCGCGCAUGGGCCAGUGCUUCUCCACUGAGCAGGCUGUCCGUUUGCAGGCCAGCCAAGUACAGGUCGUCCCCGACCUUGUGGCCGAGUGCCACCCAGUCAGCAGGAAACUACAUUUUCUCGGACGGCGUUGGCAUGAUGUCCGUGCCAUUUGCCGAAGAGGUGUACGAGGUGAUGAAGCUGAAAGACCGUCCGUCGGCCACGCAAGUUCGGUACGCCGGGUCCAAGGGCCUGCUUUGCAUCAACCCUGCCCUGCCCAACAAGAAGCUGCUCUACCUGCGGCCCAGCAUGCAGAAGUUCCCCUGUACCAGCUCGGAGUACCUUGAAGUGGUCAAACCUCGCUCGGGGACGUUAAACCAACCCCUGAUUACUAUCCUGGAGCAGCUGGGAGUGUCCGCAGACACCUUUAUUCGUCUGCAAGAUAACAUAAUUCUAGAAUUCACCAACGCCCUGGUCGAGGAGUCCAGCACCAUUAAAGUGCUGGCAGCGUGGUCAAAGCUGCCACUGCCGUACGAGAACCUGUCCAAGGCUGGCUUUCAGCUCGCGCUGGACCCCUUCCUUCGGUCACUGCUUCUUGCCGUGUACCGAAAUGCGGUCUCGGGCCUUCGGUACAAGACUUGCAUAGUGCUGCCCGUGGAUCGUACCCGCAACAUGCUUGGAGUGGUUGACACUACAGACAAGCUCUGGUAUGGAGAGGUGUCUGUACAGUGCACAGAGAUGCGCAGCCCACACGUGCAGUACCAGAAACCACCCAAGCAGACUGUCAUCACUGGCACUGUUCUUGUCACCAAGUGCCCCUGCCUGCACCCGGGCGACGUGCGAAAGUUAUACGCCGUCGACGUGCCCGAGCUGCACCACGUCAUUGACUGCAUCGUGUUUCCGGCACAGGGACCCAGGCCACACCCCAACGAAAUGGCAGCGUGCUGGAAGCUACACAGUGCAGAAACCGAGAGUACAAAGCCUCGGACAAAAGUUGAGCGUCGCGACAGCAAAAAGGCUUGUCACGGCACCCUGUGGAAACUGCGAUAGACUGCACUACAGAGCACACCACUGCCGAUCUCGGAGGCCGUGUGCAGCUCAUGCAGCUAUGCGCAAUGCAAAGAUUGAGGUUGCAGUCCAGCUGCAUUCGAUGACGCUGCAUGACACCAUUGUGGAAGCAAGAGCAAGUGAUUUGUCACUGUGUUUGACCGGAAAUUGCAGCUGCAUGCAGUGCAGUAAUAUUUGGCUUGUACUUUCACAGCAGUCUCUACGACAGAUCACCGUUUUCUUAUGAUGUUUAAAAAGUGUUUCAGGGCCCCUUGUGGGUGAAAUUGUCGACUUGUUUUUGCUACUUCGAUGACGUUAGUGUUCUCGCUUAAGUUUGGCGCACACCUUGAGUGCAUCUCGGCCAUUCUUUAUGUUUUGGCAAAACUGACCCGUAGCUCAACUUCAAAAAAUGCCAUUUUCACCACAGUCAGAUAACUGUGCUUGGACAUCUCGUCAACACUUGUGGAAUCCGACCUGACCCGGGAAAAAUUCGCACCGCAAGCACUUUCUUGUGGCACACUCGGCAAAAGAUGUCUGCAGCUUUUCAGGACUUAGCUCUUACUUCCACUGCUUCGGUAAAUAUUUUGACACCAUAGCACGGCCUCUCACAGACUUUCUCAAAAAGGUGUCCCGUUUUCAAGGGGCUCUUUUCAAGCCACUGCCUUCUGUUGUUUCAUGACCAUACUCUCCACCCCACUUUACCUCAGCCACUUCGAUGCGAUGCGAUGCUUCUACGUAGGUGCACACUGAUGCAAGUGGCCAUGGAAUCGGUGUUGUUUUGGUACAAGUCCAGUGUGGUCAUGGCCGUGUUAUUGUGUACGCCAUCCGCCUUUUGUCGCCUUCGAAGCAAAACUACUCCAUUAUCGAGCGAGAGGGUCUGGCUCUUGUCCGAGUGGUUGCGGAAUUCCAUUUCUACCUAUAUGGCCGUUCCUUUUCUAUUGUCGCCCACCAUCACACACUCUGUUGGCUUUCGUCCUUAAAAACCCCACAGGGAGGUCUGGUCGAUGGGCUUUGCAUAUGCAGCAGUAUUUCUAUUCAGUGGUCUGGGAAUCUGGGUGCCAGCACAAAGACGCUGACGGCUUAUCCUGUUACCUCGUACACACCCGACAUUGAUGACAUGGACAUUUCCACCUGCGUUCUAUCCAUCUCCCAACUUUUUGACAUGGCCAAUGAGCAACGCCUUGAUGCCACCUGACAGACUCUCAUUGAGCUAGUUCAAUCUGCGCCUACUGACCCAUCAUUAUGGUGGUUUGUCCGCCAGGACGGCGUUUUGUACCCAUCCGACAGUCCUUGCCUUCUUUAUCAUCGCUUGACACCUUCGCUCAGUCGUUCUCCAUGAGCUUCAUGACAUGCCAACUCCAGGCCAUCUUGGUUUUGCUCGCACCUGCGACCGUGUCUACUAUCGCUUCUACUGGGCCGGUCUCACAGGCUCCAUAUGGCAAUACGUUACUGCGUGCAAGCCCUGUCAACAUCGAAAAAAAUUGGGAACGCUCCAGCACAACCCCUUAUUAUUCCAACCAAGCCAUACUCCAUUUAAACCAGCUGUGCAUCUGGCGUUGCGGAUUUUCUCCUUCAUUAUAUCAUUUUAGUGCACGGUGCCUCACAGCAGCUACUCACUGACCGUGGUCGUAUCUUCCUCUCCGAAGUAAUCACCGACAUCUUGCACUCUUAGUCUACUAAGCAAAAGCUCACUACCUCUUACCAUCCUCAGACCAACGGCCUGAUUGAGCGAAUGAAUCGAACCAUCACUGACAUGCUGUCUAAGCAAGUUUCGCCAAACAUCUGUGACUAGGUGCCACCAUACGUCACGUUUGCUUACAAUUUUUCAUGCCACAAAACUGCUGGUUAUUCUGCAUUUUAUCUGUUGUUUGGUCACGACCCUGCAUUGCCCUUGGUCGCUUCACUUCCCUCUACUAGUGCCUCCAGCAGUGAGUAUGUCCAUGACGUCAUUGCCCAUGCUGACCACCAUGCUUCCCUUGUGCUACUUUGCUACCCUUCCCGCCGAGUGGCACUCUUGGAAAAACUCCUUCCUUGCUAAAAAAGCCCUUACUGUGUCCUACGUCAAGUGACCAAUGUCACCUAUGAGUCAGCUCUACCAUGUCAUCUGGCAUAACCUUACCAUGGCUCAAACCCUACCGCGCUCUUGCUGAUGGUCCCAUUUGAUGCAGCAUGGCGGUGUUUUUUCUACCGAGGGUCAUGGGAGGAAGAGAACGACGGCUCGGAGUACAAUACAAAAAAUCAACACAGCCUGGCUGGGCUGUCUUUUGUCUCCGCUAACGUUCUUUAUCUUUGUAGGUUUUUAUAAACGUAAUAUUGUCGGCACAGCAUGAAACUAUCUUUGGUCGUCGAUUCUCCAGUUAAACAAAAUUACUUUUUUUUUCUCGUUGAAGUAUUUUUUUUCUAUUGCCCAAUGAUUCGUAAAAUUUUGGUGGCCCCUUUUGUGUAAGAAAAAUAUGACGACGAAAGUACUUAUUUGCAUGAAAGGUUGAAUUUCAAUGUAAUGAGAUGUAACUUUAGGAAAGUAAAUUUUUAAUUUUGCUGACUUCGUUAUAACUGUACAUGGGAAUGGAGAAAUGUCUUGCUUGGCAUUCACUGCACCACAUUUGACAAGUUUGUUACAUUUGAAAGAAUGUUAGUCUGCCAACUUUAGAAAACGAAUUUUUUAGUUUAGGCUACAAAUUUAAAAUAAGUAAACAGUUCAUGCAAAUUUUAUGAUUUCAAAUUCAAGUAUGAAGUUUAGCACUGUGUAACUUACCAAUAAAGAUAUCACAGUUCUGUAACCUGCAACUGUUGGUACAUCUGUAGUGGACAAAAUUGAUGUAUUAUACACAACUCCAUAAUAUACCAGUUUGUGAGGACAUUUUACAAAGCCCUCGUAAACAUUGCAACAAUCUCUCAUAAGCUGUAACAGACAGACAGUGAAAAAGCUGUCCUCUUUCGCACUCUGUGUGUCUCUUAGUUCAUUGCAAUGUGUAUUCUGUGAAUGCCACCAUCUGCCUGUCUCUGUGCACUGUGAAUAGUAUGGAAGGGAACAUGGAGACCAGACAAUGCUACAAUAGACGAAGAAAAGGAAACGCGCCCUCCAAUGCAGCAGAUCUCUAAGCAACUUAGUUUUCAACCAACAUCCUAAGCCUGCCACUGCACUUAAAAAGCUCACUCAAAUUGCUGUAUAAGACAACAGUUUUCUUUUACAGAAAGUAUAGUUACAUUUAUUCUAUUAUUUCGGCAAACUGGUGCUUAUGCAUUAUUGUUAAAAGGUGGUAUCAUUGCAAACCAGACUAAUUUUUGUGUAAUAAAUAAGCAUACAGUCAGCUACAGAGAUCAGGCUUGAUAUAAAUCCACCAGUCAACACAGUAAAUAAAUAUUUCCAUGAUUGUUGAGGUAAAAAGAAUUGCCAACAAAUUCCCGACUCACUGUAUAUGCUUUGGAGAAGACAGUGCUUUUCUACUGCAAUCGUUUAACAGAGCUCCUGGGACUACAGUAUAAUUUCUUGCAGGACAUUUCAAACAGAUUCUCUUUAUGGCAUCUUAGGGACUUGGAAAAUGAGGAGCAAGUGCAGUGACAUCUCUGAGCACCUCAAAGACAAUCGUGGUGAUUACAUGGCAACACAAACUGCUGACAUGCAAGAUAACUUUCAGGCAGUGUUAUCUCAUGCCACAUCAUUCAGACAACACUUUAAGGGGACACUAAAGAGAAAAAUAAUUAUUUGAGCUGCAUUAUUAAAUUGCUUUUCUGCAACACCUGCAAAACUGCAGUUACCAAAAAAGGAGGCUUGAUAAGCUAGAAAAUACUGUAUUUACUCGAAUCUAGGCCGACUCCGAUUCUAAGCCGACCCCCGAAAAGUUCGAAGUCAGGAAAAAAAACUUACCUCGAAUGUAGGCCGAACGAAAAAGCGAGGACAGCAUUUGCGAAAUGAAACAGCAUUUAUUAAAUUUGAACAUGCCGAGCUGAUUCUAUGUCACCAUCGCUGCUAGCCUCGUCGCUAUCUUCCUUACUGCUGACAUAUUCAAACAGUGCGCUAUAUUCAGUACCAUCCAGCGCAUUAGAGAUGCGGCAUUUUUGGAAGGAGCGCACGAUCAGUGUUCCUGGGUAAAUGUCACUCUCGUUGCAGCGCACGAAAAAAGCAUCUACCGUGGCCCCCUCCAACGACAGACCGCUGCCGAAGUUCCGCCCGGCUUGAAUGUUUGACGAUGCCUCUACGGCUAGCACAACUACCGUAUUUACUCGAUUCUCACGCUUCCUCGAUUGUAACGCGAACCUGUUUUCUGUUAGGAUAAAAAAAGUCCUUUACAGUACCGCGCACGUAACGCUUUCAAACAGAAAUACAACUUUCUGUCAAUUGUAAAAAUAGAUUUCCUCCCGAUUCACUGAAGUUUCGAGGAAUAAAAAAAAUCGCAGUUUCACCCGAAAGGCUAUGCAUCGAAUUCAGUAGCAAAUUGGUAGACCGCUAUUAACAAGCACAGUGUCACGCGUGCACAAGCAAACAUGAGCACAUCUCGCUCGUUGUCUGCGGAAACCAACUGUCAGAACACUGGAGACGAAGCGCGCCUUCGUGCUAGCAUGCCUCUUGCUUCAACGCGGCGAAAAUACGGUGCGAGGCGGACUUCACCCGUAGCAGAUUGCUUUCAAGAUAGGGCCAAGGCGAUCGUAUCGCCGGAGUGGAUCGUCGCAGAUAAUGUCCUGCUUCGCUCCACUGAAACCGUUCCGCAUUGUUUUGCUGGCUAAAAUCCUCUCCUUCUGUUUGCCCCAGUCCCGCUCGCAAGUUUCAGAUUCUCAGAACGCCCGUGAUGUGGCCCGAUUUCCGUCCGUCUCCACACAGAUGGUCACUUUCCUUUUAAAUCAUAGUUUCUCACUAUAACACCAAGAGGGUAAACUGGCGCCACCGUCUAUGCGAGUUUCUUAAAGGGCGCCGUGCCCUCAUGGGAAUGACAGGAUAUGUGUCUGCGAGGCUUGUGUUGGAUGGUGUUGAACAAGGCUUCGUCUAAAUCUGGAUAGGGCUACACAAAUUAUGCGUUCUUAAAGUAAAAUCUACAUAAAAGGCUUUCAUUUACCCAUAUUACAUCUCUCAAUAAAGUUUACUCACCUACAAUGCAGAAUCAAGCGAAGAAAAGCAAGAAAAGACGAGAAGUUGUUCCAAAGCGAGCGAUAAUCUUGUCGUCUGCCCUCCAACUUUAGUGGCCGGCUGAUACUCUUUAUGUUUUAUAUAAUUGUGCAUCCAAUAGUAAGUCCUCAAAAUGAAACAAAACAUGUUUUUGUGUAAUAAUAAAGCUAAAGCAGCUUUUUAUGUGCUGUUUUAGCAGGAAAUGAAUCAUUGUGACAGACGGAACGGCACUAGCCAGGUGCGUCUUCAAGGCUUUUUUGGCUCUCCGAGAACGAUGCCAAUCCGAAGUCAUAAUAUACUGGCAUUCCCAUGGAUACCGCAGCGCAGCAGCGCCAGUUUUCCCUCUAGGUAAUAUAGUGAGAAACUCUGUUUUAAAUGCGGCAUCAUGAUGAACUCGGUACUUCACAUUGAUAGAUAGAGCAGACGCAGAGAACGUAAAGACAGAUGGUAGACUAUUGCCUAAGCACGUGUACUGCAGCACACGGAGGAAGCUUCCGCAUGCUACGGUAGCUAAGCUCGACGCGCGUGCGAGGCGGCCAUAUUUUAAUGCCGACGCAGAUUUAGGGUCGUGUUGAAAGUGCGCGUUAGAUUCGAGUAAAUACAGUAUUCGUUUAGAAAGCGGCACUAUAAUGGCAUCGCUCAUUUGGUGCCAUUACGAUAACGCCACACCGCGCGCCAAUGCUG